AUGCUGGUUCGCGAAAUGUCGUGUGACAUUCUUUCCAAUUAUCACCACGAAGAAAUCGUUCAUCCUACUCCACAAACCUCUUCGCUCUUAGCCUCUAUAAAUCAUCCUCAUCAACAGCUACACCCUUCCUCCUCUCGCCACUGUCCAUCACCCGCAUCUCUAACCCGUAUCACCGCGUCCGCUUCCAAAUCUCCGAUUCAACUCGUCCACCGCCGCGGCCUUGCCGGAGCUGCAGAUCCCCAUGCUACCCCUAGAGUUGACAUCUGGAAGGACCCUUUGAGUCCUUCAAAAUGGAAGGAAGAACAUUUUGUGAUUGCCUCGUUAACUGGCUGGGCAGUACUCAUCUAUGGGGGAUACAAGUUAUUUUCCGGAGGCAAGAAAGAAGAGAAACUACCUGAAGCGGCCCACUGA